UGUGCAAAGACUGUGUUGGCAAGACAUUGAGCAGCCUUUCGGAGAUCUCAAAGGCUUAACCCCUCGGUGUCUCCGAAGUUCAACCAACCCUUCUUUGUCCCCUCCCUCUCCUUCAAUCUCUUUAACCCUCAAAACUUCUUAUUCUUCAAUUGACUCACAGAGUCACAGAAGACGCUAGGGAAAUACAGGGGAUCGAUAGAUUGAGAAAGAGAAAGAGAGGUAGAUGGGGAGCGUUUCUUAUACUUCUACGCAUUGUCGUUCGUAUUCAUAUUCAUAUUCUUUAUGCCCGUCUACGAAGUGGGAGAAUCGGAGCAUUGGAUUCUGUUCAUUGUUUGGUGGACGGGGUUUGAGCCCUGUUAAGGUGUCUCUACAAUCUCAUGGAGAUUCCCAUCAAAAUGUGAUUCUUACGCAAGAUGGUGCAGUGGCGACAAAAGUAAACCCAACUGCAAAGGGAUCUCAUUCCAAUCAAAUCACAGAUGAGUUGUUGUCGUUAACGCCUACUCCUAAGGAACUUAAUGAUGCAGCUCGUUUUGAUUGCAAUGAAAAUAAGUCCACCGUUAGUAUAACUGUGGUGGGAGCAUCUGGGGACCUUGCCAAAAAGAAGAUAUUUCCUGCUCUUUUUGCACUCUACUAUGAGGAUUGUCUCCCUGAGCACUUUACCGUGUAUGGUUAUGCGCGGAGUAAGAUGACUGAUGCAGAACUUAGAAACAUGGUCAGCAAGACCCUUACUUGCAGAAUUGAUAAGAGGGAGAACUGCAGCGAAAAAAUGGACCAAUUUCUCAAAAGAUGUUUUUACCAUUCAGGCCAGUAUGAUUCAGAGGAAAAUUUUGCAGAGCUAGACAAGAAGCUGAAGGAGCACGAGGGUGGAAGGACUGCUAAUCGGCUCUUUUAUCUGUCAGUGCCUCCUAAUAUAUUUAUAAGUGCUGUAAGAUGUGCCAGCUCGUCGGCUUCAUCUGCCAUUGGGUGGACACGGGUCAUUGUGGAAAAACCAUUUGGUCGGGACUCAGAAACUUCCGCUGCUUUGACGAAAGGUCUCAAGCAGUAUCUGGAAGAGGAUCAGAUAUUCAGGAUAGACCAUUACCUGGGAAAAGAGCUUGUGGAAAAUCUUUCGGUUCUUCGCUUCUCCAAUCUAAUUUUUGAACCCUUGUGGUCAAGGCAGUAUAUAAGGAAUGUCCAGUUUCUUUUCUCUGAAGACUUUGGCACUGAAGGAAGGGGAGGGUACUUUGACAAUUACGGGAUAAUAAGAGAUAUAAUGCAGAAUCAUCUGCUUCAAAUUCUAGCUCUCUUUGCCAUGGAGACACCCGUCAGUUUGGAUGCAGAAGACAUCAGAAAUGAGAAGGUCAAGGUUUUACGUUCAAUGAAGCCUAUAGAACUUAAAGAUGUUGUUAUAGGACAAUACAAGAGUCACACUAAAGGAGGAGUUACUUACCCGGGCUACACCGAUGACAAAACUGUGCCAAAAGACAGUCUAACUCCAACAUUUGCAGCAGCUGCCCUAUUCAUAAACAAUGCAAGAUGGGAUGGGGUGCCCUUUCUUAUGAAAGCUGGCAAAGCAUUACAUAAUAAGGGGGCUGAGAUACGAGUACAGUUCAGGCAUGUUCCCGGCAAUCUGUAUAAUCGAAGUAACGGACCAGAUCUUGAUCGAGACACAAAUGAGCUUGUGAUACGAGUGCAGCCAGAUGAAGCUAUCUAUUUGAAGAUCAAUAACAAAGUCCCUGGCCUGGGAAUGAGAUUGGAUCGCAGUCAUCUAAAUCUUCACUAUGCAGCAAGGUACGCAAAGGAGAUUCCUGAUGCAUACGAAAGGCUCCUCCUCGAUGCUAUCGAAGGAGAGAGGAGGUUGUUUAUUCGUAGUGAUGAACUUGAUGCUGCUUGGUCACUCUUCACUCCAGUACUAAAGGAGCUUGAGGACAAGAAGAUUGUGCCGGAAUAUUACCCGUAUGGGAGUCGGGGUCCUGUCGGUGCUCAUCGUCUUGCAUAUAGAUACAACGUUGAGUGGGGUGAUCUAAGUCUGAAGCAGUAACUCAAGAAAUAUUUCUGAUGUUAUGGCUAGCUUGAGAUCAGGAAAAGACUUCUGUGUAUUUUCUUUACAAUGUUCAUGCAGGUGCAGUAGUGCUAGACGUGUCAUUUUUCCCCUUCAUUGUACUAUGAUAAGGAACUCUAGAUCAGUAACUAGAGCAUUAUGCUUGUCACAUAUGGGAUGGGUAGUUUCCAACCAGAGCGUAAGGCAUUGGGUUGACUGAAACCAAAAUUUUUCCCAUUUGAUUACUUUUUCUUCGAAAUUCUAAUUGCAUGGUUAUGUAAUUCAGUUACACCCUAACCCUACUUCGGAUGUUAAAAUAAAGUAAUCUUUUCAUUGAUUAUAUAGUA